AUGAAAUUAAACCCAAUUGAAACCGAAAUCAAGAAACAAUUUUUGGAAUCUGACAAGAACAAGCCAGAACCAAUCGAACAAGAACAUCCGCAACAUAUGUACACUUCAAAGCUCAUCAACACGCAGGAGAUCAUAGAUGGAUUAACAAACGUUAGCAUGAGUAAAUCCAUUGAAUUUGAAAUCUGA